UCUGACUCAGAUGGAUCUAAAUGCAGAGCUCCUCAACUCGAAGAUCACGACGCAGUUACAUGGCUGGGAAGGAAUCAGCACCACCCAUUCAAAGCAAUGCCAGCGCCGCCCAUGAGCCCAUACACCCCAACAGAUCAUUUUAACUGGAUCCCGCCACAGAGCCUUCAUAAUUGACCUACUCGGAAUGAACGGUAACUACCGCUCGUCCAAAGGCUGGAAAUAAAUCAGCGAUCAUAUCAGGAUUAUCACUACGCAAAAACAAAAGUAGCAAACGUCAUCCUGAGGGUGUGCUGAUUUUUCUUCAGGAGGGGCAGCACAAGGCUCCAUAAAAUGACCCAGUCUGUGCAUAUAACCUCCAAACUGCCAAAUCUGAGUGCCCCUUUUCAUUGCUCUACUGAAGAAGAAACAGACCAAGGUGGCUCCUAUUCAGUACAGACUCCCUACGGAUUUCAGCUGGACCUUGACUUUCUCAAGUAUGUUGAGGAAAUAGAGAGUGGACAUAGCAUUCGUAGGGCUAAUGUGAACCCUCGGAGGGGAUCCAGGGGUGACCGUGGGUAUCAGAGGAAUUUAAGUGUCGGUGGUCGGGCCAGUGGCUGGACCUCCACAGAGUCUCUUUCCUCAACAACCAGUGAGAAUGGCCAAACUAACCCACCUUUUCUCCAAAGCCCCAUCACAUCACCUAGUAAAUCACAACCACUCUCCCCAUUACCAGUCAUCAAUCCCAAUCCACCUACUUGCUCCAAAGUGCCACCACCACCUCCACCACGUAACCCUAGAGUUGAGAGAACACUCUUUGAAACUAGUCUUCGGCUCCAACAGGAGCAAAGUCAGUUUUCCAACGGAUUAGGCUCUAAUUUGUCUGACCUUUCCAAAGUGAGUUCCAAAGCCAGUGGAUUUAAUAGGGACAUUUCACUAGCUUCUUCCCAGCUUGCUUCAGAUGCCCACUUGCUACAGAUAUCACCUGUUGUUCAGAACCCCCUUUCUGGUGUCUGGACCAAAGCAAGCCCUCAAACGUCUGGAAGGAGCACGCCAGCCUCCAACUCAGGAACAUUACCUCCUGGACAGCUCCAGACAGUGCGAGAACAGAUGGCCACCGCACUUAGGCAGCUAAGAGAGAUGGAAGAGCGAGUCAAAGGACUACCAGUUCUAGAAAGAGAAGUUGCCAUGCUUCGGGCUGAAAAAGAAAGGCUGGCAAAUGAACUUCAAAAGAAAACAGAGGAACUUGAUGCAACGCUCAACUCAGUCUCAACUGAGGCAAGAGCAGGAGCUUGCCACCUACCAUCACAGGCACUUUGGAAUAAAAAGCCAGAAUGCAAAAGUGAUGAACAAGACAAAAAGGCAAAACUAGCCAUUACUCCUGUAGAAAAGAGAUCCAUAGCAGUAGGCAGCGACAAUUCCAUUGAGACUGUGGUUGUCUACAAUCGCCAAGCAGUCAAGGAUGCUGCUGUUGAAGCUACUGUUGAUGUUAGUCAUGUAGCUAUUGAGACUGAGAUUAGUGUUAUGCACGAUGAGGCAAUUCAGACUGGAGUGGCUACAGAAGAUGCAGCAGUCUGGGUAAUAGAAUCAUUUCUAGGGCUACAAAGUGAGACAGAACGAGAAAUUGACACCCUGCAGCACACUAUCAAAUUUCAGCAAGAGUCAAUCCAGGUUCUCGAGACACGAUUAACUCAAGUCAACCAAGAUCUUGAAGCUUUCAGAGCUCAGGAAGUUGAGAGGGCAUCCAAGAUAAUGCUGGACAAAGAGACAAUAGCAAAACCAGAGACAGCCAAUGCCCAAAUGGAAACAUGUCCUGAAGUUUGUUCAGUAGGAGUGUUGUUUCCAGAUGUGACUGACCCAGAGUACGUUUCAAAAAAUGACAAAAGCAUUCAAACAUAUCCUGUGGAAACUUCAAAGCAAAACAUGGGGGAGCUAGUAAGCAUUGGUAUCCAGUGGGAGUGUCUUAAUGAUACACAAGACGCUGAAGAACAGACAAUGUUUGCAGAGGCUGCAGGGCCUCUGAAAUCUAUCAUGAAGAGGAAGGAUGGGAGUGGUGCUGGUGCAGCUUCCAGCGGUGGCAAAAAGAGCCUGAAGUUUGUUGGAAUUCUAAACGGAGGAUAUGAGUCAACGUCUAGUGAAGAGGAUGAGGAAGAGAGUUCCUCGGAUGAAAGUGAGGCUGGUGCGUGUUCAGACAGUAGUGUGGAAGAAGGAGCAGCUCUAGAGGAUACAUCUGAUGAAGAGAUGAAUAUAAAUGUGGACGAAACUGACAGUGAUGAAAACAUGUCAGUUGGGGCUGAAGAUUCAAAGGAUCAGAAAGAGGAAGUAAAGGAAAAGUUUGAGCUAAGUGUCAAAAUGCGUGAGGCUUGCCUAAUUUUGAAGAACCACCUUAAUGACGGAGCAAAAUCGGUGAAGAGUAAAGAAGUGUUGUCCAGCACUCAUAGCGUUCAGCUGGAGUGGUUCAGGGUAUCCAGUGCAAAGAUGGCCCAGCCGUCACGUGUGUCAAAUUACCUGAUGGCUUUCUCUGAGGUCUCUCCAGUCCUGCUGGAGCACAUAGUCAAUAUGACGGAUGGCAAUGGCAACACUGCCCUACACUACAGCGUCUCUCAUUCCAACUUCACUGUGGUGGACCUGCUGCUUGACACAGACUUGUGCAACGUUGAUCAGCAGAAUAAAGCUGGAUAUACAGCUGUGAUGCUGGCAGCGCUUUCAGCGGUGAAGGAGGAGGACGACAUGGCAGUGGUCCAGAAACUCUUCCGUCUGGGAAACGUCAAUGCCAAGGCCAGCCAAGCGGGACAGACAGCUUUAAUGCUGGCUGUGAGUCACGGGCGGCAGGAGAUGGUGCGGGCGCUGCUCGACUGCGGUGCUGAUGUGAACGUCCAGGACGACGAGGGCUCCACUGCUCUGAUGUGUGCGAGUGAACAUGGCCGGGCUGAGAUUGUGUCCUUACUGCUGGAGCAGCCCGGGUGUGACAUUUCAGUCGUGGAUAAUGAUGGCAGUAAUGCUCUCUCCAUUGCUCUGGAGGCGUCCCACAAUGAUAUUGCUGUUCUACUGUACGCUCACAUGAACUACUCGAAAGCACAGGCAGAUGUAUCGUCUAAAGCAAUCUCCCGAAGCCCGUCCACUUCUAGAAAAACGUGGCCCUCGGAAUGACACAUUAAGAACAAAAUAAAAAUAAAAAUACAAUUAACUAGCUUUACUGGAAGAUUAUACGUUUAUAUAUUUAUAUUCUAUUCAUUUUAUGCACAUAUUUAAUGCACUAUAAUGCAACAUUACUAUGUAAAAUACAAUGUAAACAUUAUUGUAGGCAAGACCAAAAAUUGUACUUAUUUUUUUGUCUCCCGACAGGUGUAUUUACUUUAGUAAUUUCUUACCCUGAUGUCAGUGUUUAAAAUAAGGAAAUAAGGUAUUUGGGAUAAUUGCAGCUUAGCUGUAAUGUUAUUGUGAUUACAUGGUUCACAAGCUAAAGCUAAAGCUUGUUUUGAUAAACCUCAGUGACUCAUGAGAAUGAAAUAUUGCAGCAGAUUAGGGUAAAUCAUAUUCGCUUGAGAAACUCGACACAUCGUGGCUUCGUAACACAGGCAACCUGCGACUGCUAUAAUUAUGCGCUGUUUGGAAAAGGCCAGCAACAAACACCUACAUGAACUCCACCUUUGUUUUCUACUAGUCAUUUAUUUUUAUCUUCAGAUUCAAUUGGAUAAAACUCAUUCUGCCAUGUCUGGGGCUGAUGGGGGCCCUUUAGCCGAGUUGUUUUUUUUUUUUACUGAAAUGACAUUGCCUAACUUUUGGAAAGGAGAAACAUUUGCCUUCUGAACUUUUUAAAACUACAGCUGAAUUAAAUCAGCCAGGAAUGUCUGGACAAAUCAAAGCAUUUGUUUAAAAAAAUGCACACUUCAGUUAUUAAGCUUGAAAUACCGACGCUUUGUGGCUGUGAAAUGUUAAACACGCUCAUGAUUAAUGUGAUCUACACCAGGUGUUAACUUGGAAGGACGCUUGCAUAAAGGCAGUUCUAUAUGAUUUAUUUUCCAUAAUUAUUUGCUGACCAUCAAGGGUUUGCUGGAUUCAUACACUUAUAACAGAACUCGGCACUUUACACAAAUUGCGAAACAUGGUGGUAAAUACCUGUAGAAGUCUUAAACUAGAAUGUUUUUUGUAGAUUUUAAACGGACAAGCUUUCACUUUUAAUAUCCAAAGAUGCUGCAGUGGCUCGCCUGGAACAUCUCAUUUGCCCUUUAGUUGCUCAUUUAAACAUAUUUUGACUUGUAUUAUUAUCAUCAUUUUUUUUUUUUUCAAGGUCUCAAGUAUGGAUCUGUAUAAGUGUUGGUCUAUCAGUAUUUCAUUUGUGUAUUUCACUUGGUUUCUAUGCUCUGUUUAAAUGAUUGUAUCAUGCUGUGCAGCUUGUGCUAUUUCAUUUAGCAUUUUUUAAAAUGUACAUUUAAAGGAAAAUUGUAUGUCAUUAAGUUACUCAUUAAGAAAAUGCGACUACCCGAAAGUGGAUUUGUGUCAUGUAAAUACAUCAGUGUGACCAAUGUAUAAAUGGUUAGACCGUAUUAAAUAUCAAACGUCUUAUGAAAAA